UAACGCUUGCCAGAGAAAAGUUGAACAAUUUUCCACCGCAAGACGAGACAUUAGCCAAGGGAAAACCCAGCUGUCAGCAUUAGUAGAGUAGUGUUCGGUUGGAGUGCAAGUGUUAGUUUUUUUUUCAGUUCCUUCUAGAAUUGCAUUUCAUUUCUUCCGGUGCGCGUGGCACUGCCUCUUCCGGCGUAAAGUUACUACGCAAUACGCAAACAAAGUUUUUUGCUUGUUUUCUUCUCGAGUUGUUUGUGUUUUUCUUAUGUUCUGUUGCUGAAAAAGGUAAACAAAAUUCCAGCAGAGCUCAAACGAGAGACAUAUUCCAGCUACUAUGAGAAGUCGUUGAAGUGCGCGAAACUGUGAAGCAGUCAGUGUGGGAACUAACACAAGUUACGCUUGCAAUCGCUUGUGCAACAACAACUGCAACCUCUGAAGAACCUCAAAAUGGCCAAGUACAGUGUGGUGUUUGUGCGCCACGGCGAAAGUGAAUGGAACAAGAUGAAUCUCUUCUGCGGCUGGCACGACGUUGGGCUGAGCGAGGAAGGAGAAUGGGACGCGCUGGAGAUUUCGGCCGCUUCGCUCAAGCGCGAAAACAUCACCUUCGAUGUGGCCUUCACGUCGUGCCUCCGUCGGGCCAACCAAACGCUGGACGUGAUCCGGCGCGAGCUGAAUCUUGGCCACAUCCCGGUGCAUCAGCUGUGGCGUCUGAACGAGCGCCACUACGGUGCCCUAACCGGGUUCAACAAGCGCCAGAUGGCGGACAUUUACGGCGAACCGCAGGUGCAGGUGUGGCGCCGCAGCUUCAACGUCCCGCCACCAGCGAUCGAGCCGAACAACCCGUACUACGGUGCCAUCCGGAACAAUCCCAAGUUUCGACACAUUGCCGAGAAGGACUUCCCGCUUACGGAAACGCUCGAGACUACGAUGCAGCGGGUCGUGCCCGAGUGGACCGAUACGAUCAUUCCGGAGGUGCGCGCCGGCAAGAAGGUGCUGGUGGUGGCCCACGGAACGAGCCUUCGGGGACUGGUCAAGCAUAUUCAAGAUAUUUCAGAUGCCGACAUUAUGAAGUUCAAUCUUCCCAACAGUAUUCCGUUCAUCUUCGACUUUGACGAGAACAUGAAGAUGGUCGGCGGCAUCCGGUUUCUCGCGAACGAGGACACCGUCAUCAAGGCGAUGGAGAAGGUCGCCUCGAUUGGCAAGUAGACGCUGGUAAAAUCAAAACUGAGUAGGAACUCUACCUCAUUGUACACGGGCGUAGGAAAGCGAUGAUGGAGUGAUUGUUUUAUCUUCUGUUUUGAAAGGUUAGGAACGAUGCACGAUGGUUGAUUCGUAGGAUGGUAGGGUAUAUGACCCUAUUUUG